AUGUUAUCAGAUAAUACAAACUCAAACUCAAAUUUAGACACUGUUUCACAUUUACAUACAAGCGAUAAUGAUAGCGAUACUACCGAGAUUCAACCAGUCUUGGAUAAAAUUACAUUAAAUGUCGGUGGCAUAAAGUAUGAAACAUUCAGGUCAACUUUGACAGCUUAUCCGACAACUUUACUUGGCUCAUUGUUUCUCUAUGACGACGAUGAAAAUCCUUUGUAUGAUGCUCCUAAUGAAUUUUUUAUCGACAGAGAUGGACAUUUAUUUCAUUAUAUUAUGCAAUUCUAUAGAACUGGUAAAGUUCCAACUAUUGAUCAAGCAAUUGGUUUGAUCCCAAUAACAUCACAAGAAUUAGAAGAAGAAUUGGAAUAUUUCAAAAUUCCAAUAUAUCCGCAAUCUUCCUACUCAUCAACCACCCUAUCACAGUCGCAAUUAUCACUACGAGAUAAAAUUAUAACUAAUGAAAUCGACUCUUUUACCACAACUCUAACCAACACUUUAUUAACUAUUUCACAACAAUUCAAAAAAGAAUUUUUCUUUAAAAAACAAUUCCGAAUAAAAUUCGAAAUAACAUUUUAUCACAACGAUCGCAUCUCAGAUUUCAAUAUACAACCCUCGAUCAAUUCAAGCUUGAAACAACAACUCUACAAAAAUCUGGAGAACUUUCAAUUGUUAGGUUAUGCUAUACUGGAUAGAUUUGGUGAUGACAUUGGUAGAUAUAUGACAACGAAUGUACAGGGUUGUAAUUGGGAAUGUAAAAGGGUGGAGGAAUUUUCUUGGGGUGGUGUUAAUAGAAUGUAUAAAGUUUUGGUCGGCGUAGAAAAUAAUGAUGCUUGUAAUGAUGAUGCUGAUUGUUCUGAUGGAGAAGUAUGUGGCGAUAAUAAAUUGUGCCUUAUUAACCAAGGAGAGCCUUGCGUAGGCGCCAAUUUUGACCCUGAUUGUAUAACUUUAAUUUGUCGUAUUACUGGUUCUGAUACGUUCAAAUGCCAACUCACUGAUGAUCGUCCUGCUGGAGGCUCUUGUUUUAAUUUUAUAUAUAAAUUAUUGACAUCUUAUUUUUGUUUAGGAGUUGGUUUAAAAUCAACUAUUUGGCCAAAUUUAACUAAAUAUGCAGGAGAAAUCAUUUGGAAUAUGAAUAAAAAAAAUCACUCUAAUAAUAAAGUAGCAGAAUUAAUAGGUCAAAUGGCAAACUUUAAAGGUUCAGAAGGUGUUUUUUCUAUCCAAUAUUCUUCUUCUUACACAAGACCAAGAACUUGGUGGCAAGUUAUUGAUGAUUCAAAUGAAUAUAUGGUUGAUUUAAAUAAUCCAAUAUUUAAUGAGGAUUAUGAUGAUUUAAAUGAUAAUAUUGAGGUAGAAGAUGAGAAUAUGGAAGAAAAUGCAAUGGAAAGUCUAAUUGAUUUGAUGGAUGAUAUGAAUUAUCAUCUCUCUGAGUCAAUUCAAAUAUUAAAAUUGGUGGAUAAAAAAUUAUAUAUUCUUCAUAAUUAA